AUGGAUAACACGCCAUCUCUCUCUUUGGUGGAUAACACCGUCCCACAACAACCCACCGGCGAAGGGACCCCACGGCGCACAUCAACACUCGAUCGGCAAGCAAGCCUGACUAAACACCUCAGCCGCGCAUCGGUCCAAAGCCAGCUCACAAAACGAAAGUAUGCAAAAUGGCAGCCCGAAAGACUGGGUAUUGCCCCCGACACAGGCGACUCGCUCAGUCGAGAAUCAUCCCAGGUGCGCGGCGGGUCCAUAUCCGCAAGCUCGACUGGCGAAGGCAGCGCAGGCAGAGAUACAGACACGGCAGAAUUCAAUCCAUCGCGUAUACAAAGUAUCGUCACGACCGACACCGGCCUGAAUGGAGCCGAGCCCAACACCCGCAUUGACGGGAAGCCACGAUCGGAAAUGGAUAUUCUUUAUGAGAACCAACGAGGCUCGUUUCUAUUUGGAGUACCUCGAUAUUCGCAGAGCUCUCUUCUGAACUUUGACCCUGCAGCCUGGAUGACGCAGGAUCGCCGAGCCAGUGCUGUCAAUAUUACCAAUGCCCAACUGCCCGACCCAAGCUGGGAGUGGGCAUGGAAGGCUUGGUAUGUUGAUAUGUCUGGAGACACUGACGAACAAGGAUGGCAGUAUUCGUUUUCAUUUUCCUCUUCAUCAUGGCACGGCACACAGCCUUGGUUCCAUUCAUUUGUUAGGAGGAGACGUUGGGUCAGACUACGAACCAAGGUCCCUGACCGGCGUCUUCGUGGCCGCUCUGAUUUCGAAAAAGCCCACAUGCUCAACGGGGACUACUUUACCAUCCACACCCCUCGGGCCAGGAGCCGGGAGCAGAGUAUUGCUGGUCUUUCGCGAGUGGAAUCUGGAUUCCUGAACCGCGCAAGUAUGACAGUGGACGAAGAACCGCAUAUUGAUGAGAUUGGGGAUAUCCCCAGCUUACUGCAUGCUCUGAGAUUAGCAUCUAUUGACCGCGAAAGAAUUGAUGCCUUGAAGAAGUUCGUCGAAGAGGGUGGUGACGAGCUGUAUUAUCUAAACGACAAGAUACCGGACAUCAUGCCAACAUUCUUAUUCCAAACAUCACGUUGGCAAUUUGUCACAUAUCUUUAUGGUGUUAUUCGCGAGCUGUCGAAAACACCCACGGAGUCUGACAAAGACGCCGAUGCAGUUCAGCGCAAGAAAGAUAACCUUGCCCGCGCAGCGGAAGCCUGCAAGCGACACAUCACUGGGCCUGAUGUCUUUAAAGAUGACCACGGAGAGUCAGCAACGGAAUUACUUGAUCUGACACCCGUGGCCAAGCGUGAUACACUGCUGUCCAAGCGGCCAGUGUUGGAGGAACGAGCACCUUCGAUGAGGCGGAUUUUCAAGGGUAUUCCCAAAGCUGCUGAGAUCGAUCGCGAAGGUCAUAUCUACUAA